AGGCGAGGCAUUCCUGCGGGGACGGGGAUGGGAUGGGGAUGGGCGUGCGGGGCUGCCAGUGGGCUGGUCGCAUCCCCCGGGGCGGGCAGCCCCCUAUAUCAGCCGGGCAGCCCCCUAUAUCAGCCGGGCUCGCUGGGGCAGUGCCGGCAGAGUGUGACCGUGACGUCCCCCGGCCCCUCGUCCACCCUCUCCAGCCAUGGAUGACAUUUAUAAGGCAGCGGUUGAGCAGCUGACAGAAGAGCAAAAAAAUGAGUUCAAGGCUGCCUUCGACAUCUUCGUGCUGGGAGCAGAGGACGGUUGCAUCAGCACCAAGGAGCUGGGGAAGGUGAUGAGGAUGCUGGGGCAGAACCCCACCCCUGAGGAGCUGCAAGAGAUGAUAGACGAGGUGGAUGAGGACGGCAGCGGCACUGUAGACUUUGAUGAGUUCCUUGUUAUGAUGGUCCGGUGUAUGAAAGAUGACAGCAAAGGAAAAACCGAAGAGGAACUCUCAGAUCUCUUCAGGAUGUUUGAUAAAAACGCCGAUGGCUACAUUGACCUUGAGGAGCUGAAGAUCAUGCUGCAGGCGACGGGAGAGACCAUCACCGAAGAUGACAUAGAAGAACUGAUGAAAGACGGGGAUAAAAACAAUGAUGGCAGGAUUGACUAUGACGAGUUCCUGGAGUUUAUGAAGGGAGUUGAAUAAAUCCGAGGCCAGACCGACAGCCCGAAUCCCCUAAACCCCUCCAGCUCUGCAUCUCAUCUCCUUGGCUAAGUCCCCUGGCUACCGGCAUGAAGACUGAGUGCUGAGAAGGGUGGCCGCUGGGAAAAUAAAAUGUGUUAAUAC